UUCAUAUUAAUCUGCCAGAUAGUACUAUAUUUUUAGGUAAAGGGUAUACUUUUUAGAAAAUAGAAAUUCAAAAUUAGUAGUAUUGGAAUUACAAACUUGGUUAUUAUAUAUCAGGAAUAUUAUCAAGAAAAUUUACAAUGGGUCACGGUUUCGGACAGUUAUUCAAGCUUAGAGGAAUAAUCACCUACAGAAUAUCUCCCUUCGAACAAAAAGCAUUUGCUGGUGUCAUUUCUCAUGGAUUCCCGAACACUAUUAGAAGAAUUUCCGAGAAUAUUUUAUACAUUGUACCCCCUCUGGGCCUUGCAUACCUGAUAUAUGACCAAGCUGAGAAAGAACAUCACAGAUUGAUGUUGAAAAAUCCAGCAGAUUAUGAGAAUGAUGAAUAAUUAUUGAUUUUAGGUCGUAUACAAUUUUAGUAAGCUCUACAGUGUUUAAAUAUAUCUCUAUGUAACUAAA